GUUACUUCUAGUGAGCUACUGCGAGGGUAAGGUGACUCGUUGAGGCGCAUGUCUCAGAUCAAGGUGGUGCCGCUAGGUGCCGGACAGGAUGUUGGGAGAUCAUGCAUUGUCGUUUCCAUAGGGGGCAAGAACAUUAUGUUUGACUGCGGCAUGCACAUGGGGUACAAUGAUGAGCGUAGGUUUCCGAACUUCAAGUAUUUGUCUCCGGAGGGGAACUUCGAUCAGGUCAUCGACUGCGUGAUUAUAAGUCACUUUCACCUGGACCACUGCGGCGCGCUUCCGUACUUCACGGAGAUGUGUGGCUAUUCCGGGCCCAUCGUCAUGACCUAUCCUACUAAGUCCGUUUGUCCCAUUCUUUUGGAGGACUUUCGGAAAAUCAUUGUCGAACGUCGGGGCGAAGCCAACUUCUUCACGUCUGCCAUGAUAAAGGACUGCAUAAAGAAAGUGACGGCUGUGAACAUUCACCAGACGCUGAAGAUAGACGACGAGUUGGAGGUCAAGGCCUACUAUGCUGGUCACGUGAUAGGCGCGGCUAUGUUUUACGUGAAGGUCGGUUUGCAGAGCUGUCUUUACACGGGGGACUACAACAUGACUCCAGACCGCCACUUGGGAAGCGCGCAGAUAGACAAGCUUCGGGUGGACCUGAUGAUUACCGAGACGACCUAUGCGACGACCAUUCGCGAUAGCAAGCGGUGCAGAGAGUCCGAGUUUUUGAAGGUGGUUCACGAAACGGUUAAAAGGGGUGGAAAGGUGUUGAUUCCCGUUUUCGCGUUGGGUCGCGCCCAGGAGCUUUGCAUCUUGAUAGAGACGUACUGGGAGCGCAUGAAUCUAGCUCACGUGCCCGUCUACUUCUCCGCUGGACUUGUUGAGAAGGCCAAUCUUUACUACAAGCUUUUCAUCAGUUGGACGAAUCAAAAAAUUAAAGAAACUUUUUUUAGACGCAACAUGUUCGAUUUCAAGCACAUAAAACCGUUCGAUCGGUCCUACGCUGACAAGCCGGGACCCAUGGUCCUGUUCGCGGCGCCCGGGAUGCUGCACGCCGGCACGUCGCUGGACGUCUUUCGGAAGUGGUGCGGCGACGAGCACAACACGUGCAUUUUGCCCGGAUAUUGCGUCGCGGGAACGGUCGGAAAUAAGAUUCUUUCCGGCGCGACGCACGUCGAGCUGGACAAGAAGACCAAGGUUGAGGUUAAGUUGAAGGUCCAGGGCAUAUCCUUUUCUGCCCACGCGGACGCCAAGGGUAUUUUGCAACUCAUCGAGCAGUGCAGGCCGAAGAACGUGAUGUUGGUUCACGGAGAGAAGGAGAAGAUGCAAUUUUUGAAGGAAAGAAUCGAAGACGAGCUCGGAAUUUCCUGCUACAAUCCAGCGAACGGCGAGGUCGCGGUCAUCAACCUGAAGCCCCCUGUUCCGGUUGACCUGUCGAAGACCUUCAUCAAGGAACAGCCAUACAGCCUGACCGCUCGCCAGUUAAUGAAGGCGCUGUGCGAGAAAGAAGAGACGUGCGAGAGCGUCGAGUCCGCGCUGAAAAAGAUACGCACUCACGACGAAAUGGAGAUUAACGGCAUUCUCGUCACGGACCAGCAAACACGUCGCCAGUGCGGAAAGGCCAUUUCCGGAAAGAUACUGAGCGCUCGGGAGGUUCAAGACAUAUUCAACUUAAAGCAACAUCGACUCUACUUUGACAUGAAGAAGAAGCUGCCUCAGCACGCAAACAUUCAAGAAUACUGGAAUGCGGUUCUGUCCGACUUCGAAGACAUCGCAAUGCCGGAAGAUUCCAAGGAAGUCCGCUUUCUGACGUAUGAGAGCGUAACAAUCACAUACGAACCAGCACCGUCGAAUCACGUCCGCUUCACCUGGGAAUACAAAGAUGAAAACGCGGCAAUGAAGCUCAUGAACCGCCUGGACCGCCUCGCAGAAGAAAAGGCCGACUGCCAAGCAAACGCUGCGGCGUAAUAUGUGUGUGUGAGUGUGUGUGUGUAUGUUAGUUCAAUCGACCUUGAUUUGUCGGAAAAGUCCUGGGCGGCCGCGUUUUGCGCGAGAGAGCCGGGUGUUUUUCGACGCGGCGCACGAUUGGCACCGGAGGGGUCGUUCUUGCGGUCUCGACUCCUGGACGGACUCAGGGCGAGAAAAUGGCGCACAUUCGGCACUUUUUUUUUUUUUUAUGCUAGUUUGAGCCUCACACACGGACGCAAGAUGUCGGUUCGGUCGACGAUUUUGGAAGGUGCGGGGAUAGAAAGAGAGGCUCUGCCCGAUAGUUUGAACUCGUUUUUUGGUCUGAGUUCCACUGUCAGUGAUGGAGGUGUUCGAGAGCGCGCGACGUCGCUCGAUUUCGGUCAGCUGGACGCCGCGUUCGACGGCGACUCGAACCAGCGAAAGCUGGCGAGCGCCGGGCUCCGGCUCCUGGCGCUGAGGAACAGGAAGAGGGAUCUUCAAGCUGGGUUGGAUGACGCGCCCGCGGCAGGCACUUCGCCAAAGCGCAGGAAGAGAAGUUCUGGACCGUCGAACGCGGAAGACGAGGGCGAAGAAAGUCACCGGUCGAGUGGGCAAGAGGAGGCCGCGCCUUCCCCCGACUCGCUCGCCGAUCGCGCGAAAAAAGAGAUGGAAGAAAAAAACAAACGUACGAUCUUUGUUGGCAACGUGGCGAUUGACACCAAAAAAAAAGAGUUGAAAAAAUUUUUUUCGGUGUUUGGAACCGUCGAAUCGAUCCGCUAUCGUGGCAUCACGGUGUUGAAGCCCAACGUCAAGAGGUAUUGCAUCAUGAGAAAUCAGCUUCACCCUGAGAGGGAAUCGAUGCACGCCUAUGUUGUGUUUAAGGACAACGAUAGUGCGAAACGAGCACUCAAAGCCAACUGGACUGAGUUUCGGGGAAGACACAUCCGCGUCGACUUGGCUGAGAAGCGACCGACCAAAAAAGAGGACUAUUGGAACUGCGUCUAUGUCUCCGGGCUGCCGCUGAUGGCGGAGGAAGAAGACCUUUACGAAAUAUUCAAAGUUUGUGGCGAAAUUUCUAACGUUCGAAUUGUUCGCGACCGCUAUUACAAAGUCUCCAAGGGCUAUGGAUAUGUGCAAUUCAACACCAGGAGAGGCAUGUAUCAGGCUUUGAAUAUGUCCAAGAAGGUCAAAUACAAAGGAAAACUCGUCCACAUCACGCUGGCGACGCCCAAUUCGAAAGUGUUUGGCAAAAAAAAGCGAAUUUUAGAGCUUCGCAAAAAAGCGAUGGAAGAAAAGCGUAAUGCCAAGGCAAGCAGGCACCGUCAAGACGGCCGCGCGCCAGAGGCGCCGUCCGGCCGCAAGGCAAAAUUGAAAACUGAUCGAAGACCCCCAAAGACUAAAGAGCACUUGAAGCCUCGUUUCACUCAAAAGACGAAACGCGGAAAAAAAACUUGAAUACGCGUCAGAACACGUUUGACACCAAAAUUUUAAUAUCCUCUAUAGGUCGGUCAUUCUCGUCGACAGGGAUGCUCGCCAUACGUCUGAUGAGUUUCAUGCCGGACGAGACUCUUCCGAAUAUGGUGUUCUUACCGUCCAAGAAGCUGGCGGGGGCGAGCGUGAUAAAGAACUGCGAUGUGUUGGUGUUUGGGCCUGAAUUCGCCAUGCACAAAAUACCUGCACCGGUGUGUUUUAACUCGGGGCUGAUUUCAUCUUCGAACGGGUGGCCGUAGAUGGACACGCCGCCCCGUCCGGUUCCGGUGGGGUCGCCUCCUUGAAUGAUGAAAUCCUGGCACGAGAGGAAAACAGUCAGUAAAAAACAACAGUUGCAGUUUUUUUUUUUCAUACCUUAA